AUGUCACUCCUUGACCUGCCCCUUGAUGUGCUGUACGAGAUAGCUUCUCACCUUUAUGACUCGGAUCUGAAUGCCCUCGUCCGCACCUGCUCUCCUCUCUACACGGCCUUCAACUUCGAACUUUACCGACGGGACCCGAGACGAGGGCAAAGUCGAGCAUUGUUCUGGGCCGUUCAGCAUAAUAAGAUCGCUACACUAUGGAAAUCUCUCGAGGCUGGCGCAUCAGCACCACUGGCAGCACUACUUUGCCUGGCCACUAAACACGACUCACUGCUUGCGAUGAAGACCCUUUUUUUGCAGGGCGGUGCUGAUAUCAAGGCUGUGGAACAAACCGAGGGCAUUCCACUUUUGGUGAAGGCUGUGAUCAAUCGCUCACCCAAAGUCGUACGGUUUCUCUUGACCAGAAACGGGGUGGAUCCGAACGUCAAGAACGAUGAAGGACAAACACCCCUUGCAUAUGCUGCCUAUGAGUGCUUCAACGACAUUGUUAAGAUUCUGCUGAAGUGUCCCCAUGUGGAUGUCAAUUGCCCGGACAAUAGUGGCUGCACGCCACUCCGUCUAGCAGCGGGAAGGAGCCAUGUGUACGUCGUCAGAACAUUGCUCUCGAAUCCCUCGGUCGAUGUUAGUGUGAGGGAUAAUAUUCAUCACAGGACGGCUCUCUCAGCUGCAGUGAUGGUUCUUUGGGGGCGGAUCUCUUGGGGGCCCGAGAAGGUCAAACUGAAGCAUCGGCGGACAAUACAAGCACUCCUUGAGCACCCUGCGACAUCAGUGAACUAUGAUACGGACCCAGAUCUCCUGCAGCUGUAUCGGUUCAGCGCUCAGUACGGAUACGAAGAGAUCUUCCAAUUGCUAUGGUCAAAAGGGGUGGGACAGCUCCCGAGAGAACUUGAUCGCACUGGGAUCUUAUUCUUCGUAGCAGAACACGGCCAAGCAGCGAUCAUGAAGGUGUUGUUUGCGAAGGGUUUUGAGCCUGAAGCACGAACCGACACGGGCCGCACAACGCUCUCAAUUGCCGCGGAACAUAAGCAGAUUGAGGUCAUUCGACUGCUUCUCUCGACGGGCAAGGUUGACGUGAAUUCCAAGGAUCAAGACGGGCGAACGCCACUGUGGUGGGCUAUGACACGUGGGUGGAGAAAAACCGGGACGGAUGAGACUGUGAAGCUGCUAAUCGCCCAUGAUGCUACGAUCCCGACUAUUCAAGGAAAAGUGAAGCUGCAAAAGUCACUGUGCAACGCUCUUGAGCAUGGCAAUUGUUUUCUAUCAGAAAUGCUCCUUGACCAAAGCCAGCCCAUCGGCAGUGAGCAAGGACAAACGCUGCUCUCCGCAGUUGCAAAAUCUAAAAACACUUCACUGGCGAAGACUGUACUAGAAAAGGCACAAAUUGAUCCUAACUAUAGGGACUCGGAGGGUCUGACCGUACUGGACCGGGCAGUUGUUAAUGGAGACAUCGCCCUUGUUGAUCUGCUAUUAGUCCUCGAUGGGAUUGAUCUGAACUCCAGAAACUCGAACGGCGACACUGCCCUAGCAAUUGCGAUGAAAGAGAUCAGCGACUGUUUAUCAAGGUCUCUCAGACUUCGGGACAGGCGGCCCUAUGAAACUUGCAUGGAGAAAUUGCUCCGCCACAAAGAUGUUACCACAGCAUCACUGGACCAAUAUUGGCUCAUCAACUUUAUUAUUGCUUACCUCGACGCUCUUCGAGAUCAAACACUAAUAAAACUUCUCAUCCUCAAGGAUGAGCGUCUUGUCUCUGAUACCAUAGUUUACGAAGGUGAUGCAGAAACACUACUCGAGUGGGCUCAACAGAACCAACACAGGACCAUUGUUCGAGCGCUCCGGGAAAAGGAAAGGCGAAUGUGGGUGACGAUCUGA